UGGUCCUCGUUGAAUGAUUUUGCAACGAUAGAAAUGAAUCAUAAUCGUCUGAUAAGUGUCGUUAUUGUGGGAGAUGGCAAUUCCGGUAAAAACUGCAUUUUCAACAACUUUAAGGAGAAUUGCAAAGAAUAUCCGCUGGACUACGUUCCAACUGUAUUCGAUAACUCUUCGAGAACAAUGGAAGUGGAUGGCAUUUAUUAUCACGUUUCGCUAUCCUAUACCACCGGCCAAACAGAGUACGAUGGACUGCGCAUUCUCUCCUACCCAAGCACGGACGUGUUCCUACUUUGCUAUGCCGUUAGCCAGCGUACCUCUUUUGAAAGUCUGCCAUCCAAAUGGAUUCCCGAAUUAAAACUACACUGCCCUCAGACGCCGAUCGUCCUUGUUGGCACGAAAAUAGAUAUGCGUAAAGAUGGAUCAACCAGUACAGAUUACGUUUCUAGUGCAGAAGGUAAAGAAAUGAGCAAACAGGUCAAUGGUUUCAUCGAGUGCUCGGCCAAGACGGGCGAUAACUUGCGAGAGGUUUCCUGUGAGGCGGUGCGUGCAGUGCGGCGCAAAUCGAAAAGAAGAGUAAACCUUAAAUAUGUAUCUUGCGGCUGCGUUCCCUUAUAAAUCAUUUGAUAACGGGAUCAAGCUAUACCUUCCCAAAUGUACGUGAUAUUUUGUAAAACUAAAAAGUUUUUGACUUGCCCAGAAUUGAAAU